ACAUUAGUAUUAAACCUCAUUUAAAAUCUUUAAAUAUUUUAACAGAAGAUAUAGGGAGUAUCAAUUCAGAAAAAUUGAGAGCAAAUCUACUUGAUACUUGGAACAAUGAAAUACCCCCUAUAUACCCUUCUGAAGUUCUCCCAGAUAGUGAAUAUACUGUUACUGAAAUGAUUGAACCCUUUUUGAUUAAAAAUCCAGGACGUUUUACAUUGUUCCCAAUUAAAAAUCAUGAUAUCUUUAAAGUGUAUAAGAAGGCGCUAGCAUCAUUUUGGACAGUUGAAGAAGUAGACUUGUCAAAGGAUAUUGUAGAUUGGGAACAGAAACUUAAUGACGAGGAACGUCACUUCAUUUCACAUGUUCUAGCAUUUUUUGCCGCAUCAGAUGGUAUCGUCAAUGAAAAUCUUGUUGAACGUUUCUGCCAAGAGGUACAAAUACCAGAAGUGAGGUGUUUUUAUGGUUUUCAGAUUGCCAUGGAAAAUAUUCACAAUGAAAUGUACAGUUUACUUAUUAAUACAUACAUAAAAGAUUUACAGGAGCAGAACAGAUUAUUUAAUGCUAUUGAAACGCUGCCAGCUGUUAAGAAAAAAGCUGAUUGGGCUCUAAGGUGGAUUACCAAUAGAACGGCAACAUAUGCCGAACGCAUUGUUGCCUUUGCUGCAGUAGAGGGUAUUUUCUUUAGUGGUUCAUUUGCUGCAAUAUUUUGGUUAAAAAAACGUGGUUUAAUGCCAGGUCUAACCUUCAGUAAUGAAUUGAUUUCUAGAGAUGAAGGGUUACACACAGAUUUUGCUUGCUUGAUAUUUAAGUACUUGAUUAAUAAGCCUGAUCAGAAAUAUGUAUAUUCUAUCAUUGAUAAUGCUGUGAAGAUUGAACAAGAAUUUUUAACAGAUGCCAUGCCAAUCAAACUUAUUGGUAUGAACUGUGAUCUAAUGGGGAAGUAUAUAGAAUUUGUGGCUGACCGACUUCUCUUUGAACUCGGUUUUAAGAAACUUUAUAAUGUAGAAAAUCCAUUUGACUUUAUGGAAAAUAUCUCAUUAGAAGGGAAAACUAAUUUUUUUGAAAAAAAAGUAAGUGAAUAUCAAAAAUAUGGUGUAAUGAAUUCAGAUCAAUACAGUGUUUUUACAUUAGAUUCAGACUUUUAGUUAAUUAGUUGAUGGAUGGAAUAGAACAUG